UCCACUCAACUUGCCAUCAAAAUAGCAUCUGAGUUGACUCAAUACUGGCGUUCCAAGCAGUAUCACCACAUGUUGGCUGAUGACAGGAUUACUCACUAGCAAAUGCUGGAUUCGGCUUUCUACCUCGGCUCGCGGCUAGCACUUCCUUCCCCACACCAACCCCAGAGUCCAACGGCCCUCGGACGACAUGCAUCCUUCACGGGCGUUCUUUGUAUAUCUGACACCGUCUGAAGCUCCUUCACUUCUCUCCGCGGACUGAUUGACAUCCACACCUUUUUUUCUGCUCAUUCACCCACCAUGCCUUUCAACACGGAGCUGACACGGGCACUUGGCAUCAAAGUGCCCGUAGUUCAGGGUGGAAUGCAAUGGGUGGGUUACGCUGAGCUCGCCAGUGCAGUCAGCAAUGCGGGCGGUCUUGGAAUAUUGACCGCGCUCACGCAACCCACGCCUGAAGACCUCCGAAAGGAAAUCCGUCGCUGCCGCACCAUGACGAAGAACCCCUUCGGCGUUAACCUGACCCUCCUCCCCGCGCUCGUUCCUCCGGAUUACGCUGCCUACGCGCAGGUCAUCAUCGACGAAGGCAUCAAGAUCGUGGAGACGGCAGGGAACAGCCCUGGCCCGGUCAUUAAGCAGCUGAAGGCCGCGAACUGCAUUAUCCUACACAAAUGCACAACAAUCCGACACGCGCAGUCUGCUGUGAAGAUGGGCGUGGACUUCCUCUCCAUCGACGGCUUCGAGUGCGCCGGACACGUGGGCGAGACGGACAUCACAAACUUCAUUCUCCUGAGUAGAGCGCGCCAGUCGCUCGGGGGCGUGCCGUUCAUUGCUUCUGGUGGCUUUGCAGAUGGUCAGGGACUGGCUGCUGCGCUAGCGCUGGGCGCGUGUGGUAUCAACAUGGGCACCCGCUUCAUGUGUACCGUGGAGGCGCCUAUUCAUCAGAAAAUCAAGCAAGCCAUUGUUGAUGCUCAGGAAACCGAUACGGAGCUCGUGCUCAGGAGGUGGAGGAACACAACGCGUCUGUUUGGAAACAACGUUGCGAAGCAGGCCGUCAAGGUUGAGAAGGAGAGCACGACCGGCAAAUUCGAAGAAGUGGCCGAGUAUGUUAGCGGGAAGCGUGGGCGCCAGGUUUUCUUGAAUGGCGAUAAAGACUUCGGUGUGUGGACUGCGGGCCAGGUCAUCGGCCUCAUCCACGAUGUCCCGACGUGCGAUGCACUAUUGAAGCGGAUCGAGCGCGAGGCAGUCGAGACUCUAGCUUCUAAGCAAGAUCUCUUUGUGCAAGACGGCGAUCAAUCUGUUGGUCCCUCAGCUACUGUUGGGAAGAACACGAAUAACCCUGGUGCUGAAGUGUGGGGCGUUGGCAAGAGUAAGCUAUAGAUAUGUAUAAGUAUAUUUGUUCAAAGCAUGGCGACAUUGUUAUAGAGUACCGAAGUCCUGAUCAGGGUGCCCGUCCCUAACCAAGUCUGCACGAUGGUGGCUGGUAGGUCUAUAGUUUGGCUUCACGCAGACCCAUCUUCUCGCUACCACAUUUCUGUGCCCUUCUGCGCCUUUUCAACCACCCCAUCCGCCCAC